AUGCAUCAGUGGCCUCGAGCUUAUCAGUCUGGCAUAGCUGGUGGCGCCAACUUGGUGGCCAAGCUCCAGUCGGACUCACGCAUGUCACUGUCCUCCGCACGCGGAAUAAAAACGACCGUGCCCCUGUCGCCCUUGAUACGCAGCACCGGAACCAUUCCGUCGCUUCGAUCUGCAGCGCCCACACGCGUGUUUGCUGGAAUCUCAACCGCAGACACUUUACGUCGCGCCCUGCGCGCUCCCCAGCUGCACAUGAAACCGCCGGCAUCCCCCUUGCUGCGCCCCCCUACACAGCACCCGUCUUGCUCGUCAUCCACUCUAACAACGUGGAGCGAAUUCGACGAGUCGCCGUUCUUCCAAGAGAUCUCAACUUUUCAGUUCCCGGUCGACCUCUCGGGGGAGCCGAGCGCGGGUGCGGACGGGUCUGUGCUUGAGACUGGCAGUGUAGAGACGGUGGUGGUGCAUAACCGCGGCGGCGGCGGGGCACAAUCGCCGCGCGGCACAGCUGACGGCUUCGCCGAGGAAGGCAUGGCUGCAAUGGCGCUGCACACAGGCGUUGUGGGGGCAUACAGACAUGUCGCCCUCCACAUCCAUCUCGAGGAAGUGGAUGAGCUGGACGGAGCGCCAAUGCCGCAGCGGUGUCGUUAUAGAUGUGCCGGGGAGAAGCACCGAGCUCUCUUGCCUUCACCGACGUCGCCUUCAUGUCCGCGCCGCUACUGUGAGGGUGAUGCCGCGUUAAUGAGUAAAACGUUCCGCCAUAGAAGAUAG